AUGACUGGAAACACCGUGGUCCACGUCUCGGGUAUCGCUUCCUCCGUCACCGAGAAGGAGGUUCGCGACUUCUUCAGCUUCUGUGGAAAGAUCACCAACUUGACUGUGACUCCGAUCUCUGCCGAGGCGGACGCUCCCAAGUCGGCGACUGUAACCUUCGAGAAGGAAGCGGCUGCAAAGACUGCUCUCCUUCUCGACAACACGCAACUGGGACCUUCUCCGGUGCAUGUCGAGGCGGCACACAGCAUUGAUGAGAUUGCUGGUUCACACGUGGCCAGCGCGUCCGAGGCCAAGGAUGAGCACCAGCACGACAUUGAGCAGGAGGACAAGCCGCGAUCCCGCAUCAUCGCCGAGUACCUGGCUCACGGCUAUGUGAUCAGCGACCAGGCGAUCCAGAAGGCCAUCGCGUUAGACAACAAGCACGGCUUCUCGUCGCGCUUCACGACCGCUCUUGCCAACUUCGACAAGAAGUACGGUGCCACCGACAAGGCCAAGGGUCUUGACGAGAAGUACAAGAUCACCGACCAGGCUGUGAGCCACUGGCGCGGUCUCCACUCCUACUUCGAGAAGGCACUCGACACGCCGACCGGUCGGAAGGUGCGAGAGUUCUACGUCAAGACCGACAAGCAGGUCCGCGACAUUCACAAUGAGGCUCGCCGACUGGCCGAUCUGAAGAGCGGAAAGAUUUCUGAGUCGGAUUUGAGGCCUGCAGAGGCUCCAGCCUCUGCUGAUGCUGCUGCUGCCUCGAGCGAGAAGGCUUAA